GGCUGGGGUCAGGUCUUAUCAUGGCGGCUGAAGAGGCGGAUGUGGAUAUCGAAGGGGACGUGGUGCCAGCGGCGGCACAGUCUGGAAGUAAUGAAAAUACAACAUCUGUUUUACAAGACCACUAUCUUGACUCAUCGUGGAGAACUGAGAAUGGUCUUAUUCCUUGGACUCUGGAUAGCACCAUCAGUGAAGAGAACAGAGCUGUCAUUGAGAAAAUGUUGUUGGAAGAAGAGUAUUAUUUGUCCAAAAAGUCACUUCCAGGAAAAUUCUGGCUUGAUCAAAAGGAAGAUGAUAAAAAAUACAUGAAGAGGGUACACUCUCCUACAAAACCAGCAAGUUACUCAGUAAAGUGGACAAUAGAAGAAAAAGAGCUGUUUGAACAAGGGCUGGCUAAAUUUGGCCGAAGGUGGACCAAAAUUGCAAAGCUAAUUGGAAGUCGCACUGUUUUACAAGUGAAGAGUUACGCCAGACAGUACUUUAAAAAUAAGGUAAAAUCAGAUGGUCCAGAGAAGGAAACACCAAAUCAGAAAAACAGCAGUGGUUUUCAGAUGAAAAAUGAAGAUGAAGGCACAAAGGCAUGGACACCAUCAGGUUUAAGGGGUCGUGCUGAUCCCAACUGGAAUGCUGUAAAAAUUGAAAAGUUAUCUGAUGAUGAAGAAGUAGACAUCACAGAUGAGGCAGAUGAGUUGACUUCUCAAGCUCCCCAAAAGAAUGUUAGCAGUGAUCUCUUGUUAGAUGUCUCUAAAAAUAAAAGUCAUGAAACCAGUAGAGGAGAAUUCAUUGCUUCUGACAGCCAGGAAGAUCCCAUUUCUAAAUCUUCCAAGAAGUAUCUUCAGAAUAUAAACCAAGAUGAGAUGGAAACACUUGCAAGCUCAGGAAAUACAUUUUGGACUGAAAAUCACAGCACCAGUGACCAAAAGUCAGUUGAAUUAUAUGAUCAGAAAUGGAAUAAACUGAUGAAAACCUGUAAUAAGGAUGAUGGAAAUGGAAUAAUAGAUGAUGCCAGGCAGUUACCUUCUCCAGAGCCUUGUGAAGUUCAGAAAGACUUGAGUGAUAAUGAAUUGCUUUUUCAUUCUUCCUGCCAAAUGGAGGAGGAGAGCCAUGAGGAAGAAGAGCUUAAGCCACCAGAACAAGAAAUAGAAAUUGAUAGAAAUAUCAUUCAAGAGGAAGAAAAACAAGCAAUUCCUGAGUUUUUUGAGGGACGCCAAGCUAAAACACCAGAACGCUAUUUGAAAAUUAGGAAUUAUAUUUUGGACCAGUGGGAGAUAUGCAAACCGAAAUACUUAAAUAAGACCUCAGUACGUCCUGGCCUGAAGAACUGUGGGGAUGUUAAUUGUAUUGGACGGAUUCAUACAUACCUCGAGUUGAUAGGAGCAAUCAAUUUUGGAUGUGAACAGGCUGUAUACAACAGGCCACAGCCAGUUGAUAAAGUACGAAUCAGAGACAGAAAAGACACAGUAGAAGCAUACCAACUUGCCCAGCGGCUGCAGUCUAUGCGCACAAGGAGACGUAGGGUCCGAGACCCAUGGGGAAAUUGGUGUGAUGCAAAAGAGUUAGAAGGACAAACGUUUGAGCAUCUCUCUGCUGAGGAGUUGGCAAGAAGAAGAGAAGAGGAAAAAUGCAAACCUGGUAAAUCUUCAAAAGUGCCAAGGCCAACAAAAAGCUCAUUCGAUCCCUUCCAACUGAUACCUUGUAAUUUUUUCAGUGAAGAAAAGCAGGAGCCAUUUCAGGUGAAAGUGGCUUCAGAAGCACUUUUAAUAAUGGAUUUGCAUGCUCAUGUUUCUAUGGCAGAAGUGAUUGGUCUGUUAGGAGGAAGAUACUCAGAAGUUGAUAAGAUAGUCGAGGUCUGUGCAGCAGAACCAUGUAACAGUCUGAGUACAGGACUACAGUGUGAGAUGGAUCCUGUCUCACAAACACAAGCCUCGGAAACCUUGGCUGUCAGGGGCUAUAGUGUUAUUGGAUGGUAUCAUUCUCAUCCUGCCUUUGAUCCUAAUCCUUCCUUACGAGAUAUUGACACUCAAGCCAAAUACCAGAGUUACUUCUCCAGAGGCGGUGCAAAGUUCAUUGGAAUGAUUGUUAGUCCUUAUAAUAGAAAUAAUCCUUUACCUUAUUCUCAGAUUACCUGCCUGGUUAUAAGUGAUGAAAUUAGCCAAGAUGGCUCUUAUCGUUUACCUUAUAAAUUUGAAGUACAACAGAUGUUAGAAGAACCUCGGUGGGGAUUAGUGCUUGAAAAGACAAAAUGGAUAAUAGAAAAAUACGGGCUAUCCCGGAGCAGUGUCCCCAUGGAUAAAAUCUUUCGCCGGGAUUCUGACCUGACUUGUUUGCAGAAACUUUUGGAGUGUCUGAGGAAAACUCUGAGCAAAGUGGCCAAUUGCUUCAUUGCUGAAGAAUUCUUGACUCAAAUAGAAAAUUUAUUCCUUUCCAAUUACAAAAGCCAGCCAGAGAACGGAGUGGCCGAAGAGAAGUGCACUGUGGAGCCAAAGGCGCUAUUAACGUGACUAUUUUAAAUUCACGAAAGCCAAAUUUUGCCACAUAAACCAUGUGACAAGAAAGAGACACAGACUUGGACUUGUUUUCAUAUGUGGUGCUCAGUCCUCCUCUGCGGGUCAGCAGGGUGUGGACUGAAGGGCGGCCUCCCUGCUGUCUUCAGGUUGAUAAGUACACUGUGUCUCAGAUUUUUAUUUCCCCCUGAACUAGUCAUUCCAGUUUUGCUACCUGUGUCUCAUGAGGAGCACUUCCAUUCUUUUCAUGUGUUUUGGUGAGGCUUGUUUAUGGUUGCAAAUGAGAUUCGGGUGGGUGGUCACAGUGGUAAUUAACAGGGUUGAGAAGUGCUGGUUUAAUGAAUCUAAGGACAUGCUGUGGGAGGCCAGGGGAGGCAUCAGGAGAAAAUCUUCAAAACAGACAAGAGAUCUAAAGGAGAGAAUCAAAAUACCAGUUUUUUAAUUACAGAUAUUUGCUUCCAUUUUAUUGUAUAACAACACUACUAUAGCAUAUACCAUUUUUUCAGCUGAAACAUUUUGUAUGGAUUUCAGAUACAUAACAUAAUAAGCUUCAACUAUAGGUCCACUUAUGU